AUGAUACCCCAGUCGGCGAUAACAAAGGCCUCGGCUCCAGCAUCCCCGGGUGGGGAUGGAUUCCCAUUCUCGCUAGACUCGUUCAAUGGGUUAGAACUACGAGACAGCGUGAUGGGAGAUGAAGAAGGGGAUGUCUUUGAGCUGGACAAGGUACGCAGAGCUUUUGCAGGCGAGGCUCUGCUGAAUAACAUGCACCUCCAGGGUGGAGUUAAUGUUGGAACAUCACAACCGUUCUACAUCCCGAGUGAUGUGAUCAAGGGACCACACGGAAAUUGGACCAAGAAAUUGCCACCUUACCUCGACUCAAAUAACCAAACCGUUCCACCGGACCAGGUUGGAUGGCUUCGGAAGAGGGAGAAGAGGGACGGGACAUUAGAGAAGCGGACCACUACAGUGUAUCUGUCUCUAACCCAAUGCACGAGACCAUCGACAAACAAGACUAAUGCGGCGGGUCUCUUUCCUCAGCUGGAAGUCUACGUCUCGACAAGUAACAAGCUGCAGCUGCCAGGGCCUGGGAAGGAUAGCUCACUCCAAACCGUGGCCACAGCCAGCGCUGGAUAUCUCAGUAUGGAGAUCGAGGCAGAUGAUAAUGUUUACAUUAGCGUGGCAGCGCCCAACUCGACCGAUUAUCAGGGCAACUAUGGGUUUCAUAUUGCGGCGUCGAUCGACGAUUAUUUCUUCAAGACAGUCGAACUGGAGGAAGACCAGCCUCCGGUCCUGUAUUUUUUGGACUCGGAUCAGAAUGCUGCGUUGCUCGUGACAAACAACCUGACGCAGGCCAAUGAGGGCUCUGACAACUUCAAUCAAUGGAUGAACAUGACGCCUCCUUAUAUGAUGUGGGCGCAAAAUACCAACAAUACGGAUCUUGAUGGCCUAGAAAUGUCAGUCUGUGCCCUGAAUGGGUUUGCAAAGGUCAAAAGCAAUGCCAAAGACGAUGUGACCAUGACGAGCCGUGGACUGGGAAAUAAGCCGAAGCAACAGUUCUACCUUCUGGGCCUCAACAGCAGCUCCACUUAUUACGGCACAUUGGGGACGGCCCAGAACGCAUCCAACAAUCUUGGAUUCACGGAUGGUGAAAUCGGCGGCGGUGGAACUGUGUGGUCACGAAUGAACUUUACCACGAAAAUCGGUGUGUUCCCUUCUCGCAUUCUCCUGUCUGAGGGCCGAAGGGUCUAUACUAACAUCGAUUUAAACCCAGAUAAUAACUGCGCAGUCUUGUAUAACCUUACAUUCUGCUCUGAAGUCGCAUACGCAGUUCCCUCCAACCCCAACAAAACAGUUGAAGAACUUCGUCAAAUUUACGACAAUUACACGAGCACCUACUACCAGAACUUCAACUACUCCUUGCAACAGAUCCAGUGCCACGCUGAUCCCGAAUCGAUGUUCUCUUUGUCUGUGGAUUGCGACAAAUGCGCUCAGGCAUAUAAGCAAUGGCUUUGCAGCGUCAGCAUCCCGCGGUGUGCCGAUUUCAGCAGCAACGACUCUUACAAACACGUGCGGAAUGCAGCACAAGCGUUCAUCAAUGGCAGCCAUCUACCGGAAGACUCCCCUUACCGCCAAGAAGCCAAGUCGAAUUACUCGCGCAAUGCGAUCAUCGACACGUUGAUAAAGCCGGGUCCGUACAGGGAGAUUCUGCCCUGUACCGACAUUUGUUACACGAUGGUCAAAGAUUGUCCAGCAGCAUUGCAAUUUGGAUGUCCCACCGGCGCCUUGCUGAAUGCCUCAUACGGUUAUCGGAACUCGGAGGGAAUCAUCACAUGCAGCUACCUCGGAGCAGCCUACUACCUGAGCCUUGGAGCGAGACUGGGCAUCUGGGGAGGCUUCUACAUGCUGGCUGGGAUGUGGGCUCUAUGGUGGGCUCUAUGGUAG